AAAGCGAUUUGAAAUGGGCUGAACUCAUGUACAAAAUUCAUGAUGAUACAGAGUUCAUAACUCAUUAUGAGAAUGCAGUGGGUUCUGAAGAAAAAAUAAAAAUGUUGACAUAUCUUGCAAAUAAUAGUAGGCUCCUUGAAAGGGAUUACGAACCUACU